AUGGCAGGAAACACGGGUAUGGAACAAUUGAUUCCGAUUGUGAACAAGCUGCAAGAUGCAUUCACACAACUUGGGGUGCACAUGCAACUUGAUCUACCACAGAUCGCAGUGGUAGGUGGUCAGAGUGCAGGAAAAAGUUCUGUUCUUGAGAACUUUGUCGGGAAAGAUUUCUUACCUAGAGGAUCAGGCAUUGUAACCAGAAGACCACUUAUCUUACAACUGAUUAAUAGUACAACUGAAUUUGCUGAGUUUCUGCACUGUAAAGGUAAAAAGUUUGUGGACUUUGAUGAAGUACGGAAGGAAAUUGAAGCAGAAACAGACAGGAUUACAGGCAGUAAUAAGGGUAUUUCUAACAUACCUAUAAAUUUAAGAGUUUAUUCACCCAAUGUAUUAAAUUUAACACUGAUCGACUUACCUGGCCUCACAAAAGUACCAAUUGGAGAUCAACCAGUAGACAUAGAAGCUCAAAUUAAAGCCAUGAUUUUUCAAUUCAUCAAAAGAGAAAAUUGCCUUAUAUUGGCAGUAACACCUGCAAAUACUGAUUUGGCAAAUAGUGAUGCUCUUAAACUUGCCAAAGAAGUAGAUCCUCAAGGUGUACGUACAAUUGGUGUUAUUACAAAACUGGAUCUUAUGGACGAUGGUACAGAUGCAAGAGAUAUUCUGGAAAACAAACUAUUGCCUCUAAGGCGAGGUUAUAUAGGUGUUGUUAAUAGAAGUCAAAAAGAUAUAGAAGGUCGGAAAGAUAUUAAAAAUGCUUUAGCGGCUGAAAGGACGUUUUUCCUAAGCCAUCCAUCUUAUCGGCACCUAGCAGAUAGAUUAGGAACACCGUAUUUGCAACGUGUUUUAAACCAGCAAUUAACAAAUCAUAUCAGGGACACUCUACCAGCAUUAAGAGAUAGAUUACAAAAACAGUUACUUGCUUUGGAAAAAGAUGUAGAACAGUACAAACAUUUCAGACCUGAUGAUCCUGCCAUAAAAACAAAAGCUAUGUUACAGAUGAUCCAACAGCUUCAGUCAGAUUUUGAAAGGACUAUAGAAGGUUCAGGAUCUGCACAAAUUAAUACAAUGGAGCUUAGUGGAGGUGCUAAGAUAAAUAGACUAUUCCAUGAACGUUUUCCGUUUGAAAUAGUUAAAAUGGAAUUUGAUGAAAAAGAAUUGAGAAGGGAAAUUGCUUUUGCCAUUAGGAAUAUUCAUGGUAUCAGGGUAGGUUUGUUUACUCCUGAUAUGGCCUUUGAGGCAAUAGUUAAGAAGCAAAUCAAUAGACUCAAGGAACCUAGUCUAAAAUGUGUGGACCUAGUUGUACAGGAGCUCAGUAACGUUGUACGCAUUUGCACCGAUAGAAUGUCACGUUAUCCUAGAUUGAGGGAAGAAACGGAACGUAUUAUUACUACUCAUGUUAGACAACGUGAACAAAUGUGUAAAGAGCAGCUGGUACUUCUGGUGGACUGUGAACUUGCCUACAUGAACACGAAUCAUGAAGAUUUUAUCGGUUUUGCCAACGCGGCAGCCAGUAGCCAUAAUGCAAGUGCACAACAGUCCUCGGAAAAUGCAGUGAAAUCUGGUCGUCAUACAUUAGGCAAUCAAGUAAUACGCAAAGGUUACAUGUGCAUCCACAAUCUUGGUAUAAUGAAAGGUGGUUCUAAAGAUUAUUGGUUUGUCCUAACAUCGGAGAGCAUUUCAUGGUUCAAGGAUGAAGAAGAACGCGAGAAGAAGUACAUGUUACCUUUAGAUGGAUUAAAAUUACGAGAUUUGGAACAAGGUUUCAUGUCCCGACGUCACUUGUUCGCUUUGUUUAAUCCUGAAGGCAGAAACGUUUACAAGGAUUCCAAACAGCUUGAGUUGAGCUGUGAAACACAGGAUGAUGUUGAUUCUUGGAAAGCUUCUUUCCUCCGAGCUGGUGUAUAUCCUGAGAAGUCAACGGAACAAGCAAAUGGCGAAGGGGAGGAAGGAUAUGAGGGUGGAUCGGAAGCUCAGUCAUCGAUGGAUCCUCAGUUGGAGCGUCAAGUGGAGACUAUCAGAAACCUUGUUGAUUCGUACAUGAAGAUUGUCACCAAAACUACUCGCGAUCUGGUUCCAAAGACAAUUAUGCAUUUGAUCAUCAAUAAUGCAAAGGAUUUCAUCAAUGGAGAGCUAUUGGCUCAUCUGUACGCAAGCGGUGAUCAGACUUCGAUGAUGGAAGAAUCGCCAGAAGAGGCACAAAAACGGGAAGAAAUGUUACGCAUGUAUCACGCAUGCAAGGAAGCACUUCGUAUCAUCGGGGAUGUUUCAAUGGCGACGGUUACUACUCCGGUACCACCGCCAGUGAAAAACGAUUGGUUGGCGUCUGGCGAGAAUCCAAGUCUUGGGUUAUCACCACCAUCACCUGGUGGGCCAAGACGUGGAGUGACACAGCCACCACCUCUUUCUAGUUCUCGUGCUCCACCACCGGUGCCAACAGGAGGCCGUCCAGCACCGGCUAUUCCUAACAGACCCGGACCUGGUGGACCACCACCGGCCCGCUCUACACCUGGCCUACCUCCUCCUAUGGUACCAUCUCGUGGGGGUGGUCUACAGCAGAGGGUGACGCAAGCUGCGACGCAGGCCGCUACUAAUGCCGCCGUGAACGAGCUGAUGGACGCAUUCAAGAUCAAGCGUCCUGUACCCAAUAUUCCUCCCCGAAUUCCCGACAGACCGAACUACGGCCGAUUACACUGAGCUAGUCCAUGGAAAGCACGCGACACCUGUGCGUAGGAUAUCGUUGCGAAACGAGUCGAUGAGCGGAACAGGAGAAACGACAGCUCAGAAGCAAACUGGUAGAUGCGAGCAAAAGCUGUACGGGUGAAUCCGGGGGUGAGAAUCCUCUCGAGGACCGGGUCCAUUUCCGUGUGCUCUUCCUUAAUAUCGACCCCACGAAAAUGGUCAACAUCGAAAUCGUCGCUUCGUGCCCUGCUAAAGAUUCGAAGAGGAGGCACACGAUCGGUGAAACGGGAGGAACAAGGCUGUGCCACUAAAAAACGAAAGAGAAAGAGGGACCAAGAAUUGAACGGAACCUAAUCACCGACGCACAGAGAAGACAAAGGAUCUAAUCCGAUUCAACGAACCGGAGAUUCGGUCACUUCUACUUCUUCUUUCUCUGAUAAUUUCGUCUUCUAUGUUUAUUUAUGUACCGUUAGACGCGUUUAAGUUACGUGUUAGCUGUUAAGUAUUAGAAGUCGGUGCGCUCGAUGCGUCCGAUUCGCUCUGGAGGAACGAUGAUUAGCUCGUGUCCGCGAUAAGGGUUCUCCGGCCAGAAGCGACACGGUUAUCGAGCCGCGUUAAUGGUCACGUUUUUUCAUUAAUCAGUAUUAAUAGGUGUGAGGGGGUAAUCGAUGAUUCGCUUUCGCUCGUAUCACCGCGAACGCGCUUCGUUGACGAAACCUUUCGUUCUGUUUACACCAUUCGGGGAAUCCACGAUAGUCGAGAUGAAAUCUUUUUGAAACCAUAGGGUGUUCCUUUAUAUAAAAUUUGGAAUGAGAUGAUUCUGUAUAUCGAGUUGAAAAAUGAUGGGCCAUUUAAGGGAUGCAAAUUUUUCUUAAUUGUUCUAUUUGGUUUAAUAUGAUGAAAAAGAAUCGCUUCUUACCGGAGAACCUCUAAGAUAUUGUUAAAACGAGAUUCGUGGAUGAUGAUAACGUGCAACCCGAUUACCUCGAUCUGUAGAACUCGCUAGAAAAGUACACGGUUCGCCCUACGAUUUGUAUAAAAAAAAAAAAAGAAAGAAAUGG